UGCCGUAGGUUUUCUAACAGUUCACGCAAUGCCUUGUGGGUAGGUCAGCAGCCGAGAGGACGCCAUGUGCUUUUGAGGCAGAGUAACUGGAAGGGGAGAACCUGGCUGUCAGAAACUUGGUCUGUUUUUAGGGGGACACCGGGUUAAACGGCUUCAGUUAGCAUGUAUUGCACCACUCGCUGCCUCCGGAGCGCGCUGCGGGCUGCAGUCAACACUCAUCGGCAACAUCUUCAGCGGCAGGCACCAGCCUUGUGUGCUCUCAGACACCUGAGGACCAGUCCAGUCAGCCACUCCGAUGCCAUUGCUUCCCCUCCACUAGAUGGAGCCCCGAAACAGUACUCUCCUAAAAUCCAACAGCUUGUCAGUGACAUAGCCAGCCUCACUUUGUUAGAGGUAUCGGACCUCAAUGAGCUCCUCAAGAAAACUCUGAACAUUCAAGAUGUCGGGAUGAUGCCAAUGGGAGCAGCAGCUAUGCCUGCAGCCCAGGCCACAGAAGAAGAAGUGGCACCUGUCAAGAAAGAGAAGACUCACUUCACAGUAAAACUGACAGAAUUGAAAGCAGCUGAAAAAGUGAAGCUUAUAAAGGAAGUGAAGAACUGCAUACAGGGCUUAAAUCUGGUUCAGGCUAAGAAGUUAGUGGAGUCUCUUCCCCAGGAAAUCCGAGCCAACGUGUCCAAAGAAGAGGCAGAGAAACUAAAAGCAGCUCUGGAGGCAGCAGGCGGCACAGUGGCGUUGGAGUAGAUCUGUGCAAAUGGGUUUUCCACCAUUCUGCUGCUCCUGCACUUCAUUCUUCAUUCUAUUAUUUCUUUUUUUUUUACAUGGCAAAGAGGAGGAUCAUGGGAAACAAAGAAAUGCCUUCUGACAUUUAUGCUGUCUUCUAACAGUGUCAGGUUGGGCGGCAAAACUCAGACUGAACUUUCCAGGCACACAGCCUGCACAACAAUGGCCGCCCCGGUGUAUGCUCGCCCAUUUAUCUCAUGUUUCUGUCUGCUACUUGUGUAGCAAACAUGCUACUGAAUCUGUGGCCUGAGUGCCAAGUACGGCAGUCAGUCAUUCUGUGCAAGUGUGUAUGUUAAACUUUUCACAGAAUGAAAGAUUAUUCUGGGGGGGUGAGUACUAUUCCCUUUGUUGAAGAACACCUGAUACUGUAGUCCGGGGCAUGGCAGGGCUGAGUCCUCGUAUUGCUUAUAGACUUGUUGAUCAUGUGAUUAAAGAUGACACAUCCAUAUGUU